UGACAGCUCCCAAAGACCAGCAUCACCGUUGUCGUACUUGUAAUCUAUUGAUUAGGGUCGCAGUUGAUUGUCACUCUGGCUGAUCGAAUGUCGAUGAGGCCUGAUUAUUUCUGCACAGACUAGCCAGCUGACACGUGAGAUAUAACUCUAGUCUUCAACCGAGCCCUUACUCGACUUGGUGUUGGUGAGGCUGCAUUCGAUUUGCAACAUGGCGGCCCCAUACGUACCUAUCACGGAGAUCCCGACGGUCUCUCUGCUGUAUAAACUGGGUCGUCUGAUUCCGAUUUCAUCCCCCCUGUCACAGCCCUCAAAACCUUUGAAUGAUACCAUCUCUCUUAUUCGCAAUGAUAUAACCAAACUGCAAGGCGUAGAUUGCAUUGUCAAUGCAGCAAACAGAUCUCUUCUGGGCGGCGGAGGUGUGGACGGUGCGAUCCACCGCGCUGCUGGACCCAACCUACUGCAGGAAUGUCGAGUCUUGGAUGGAUGUGAUACCGGUGAUGCCAAGAUAACAUCAGCCUACAAUCUUCCAUGUAAGAGGGUCAUCCACACCGUCGGACCCAUUUACCGUUACGAACUACGCGGAGGCGAUGACCGACCGGAGGCACUUCUGCGGAGCUGCUACCGACGGAGUCUCGAGCUGGCCGUGGAAAAUGAUAUGAAGAGCAUCGCGUUCUCGGCGAUCAGCACCGGCGUUUACGGAUACCCAAGUGACGAAGCAGCUCGAGCUGCUCUCGAUGAGACUCGAAGGUUUCUGGAGAACCCAAACAAUAUUGGGAAGCUGGAAAGGAUUAUAUUCUGCAACUUUGAACGCAAAGAUGAGGUUGCCUACGAGGAGACGAUCCCUUCGAUUUUUCCACCGGUUGAACAGGACCUUCCGAGUGGAAGUGCCCCGAAAGCUGAAUCUCAAUCAAUCGCUGACGGUGAGUCUUCGCCGUCGCUAGACUUGCUCGCAGCCAAGCUUCCUGACCCCCCGACUGUGGGCCCUACAUUGGACGGCCAGCUGGGAAGCAAAAAACAAAGGGUUAACACAAAAGAUGGACAGAGAAGUAGGAUUUACAUGGAGGAUAGGAGCGAGGAUGACUGGGAGGAAGUCGAUAAGUCCGAAGAUGGUCGAACUGAAAGACUGGAUGAUGAACCGGUUGAAGUCGAUCGACCACCUUCUGCGACGGAUGUUCAGAGUGUCCAAUCCAGUGGCAUCAUCGAUAUGACUGAUUCCCAGUCAACCGGAAGCUUGUUGGGAAAGGAUUGGUGAUUUGGGUCGACGGCUAGAUUGGGGAACAUGCCUACCGAACUUUAUGAAUGAAUGCUUUUAACGAAUUGGCGUUGGAUGCGGACGGACUCAGUCUUACAUGGACGGCGUUGCUAUUCUUAUUCCUCCUCUAUUCGAUACAUACUCUUGACCGAUACUUGGCUCUUUGAGGUUCUUGAUUUUUGUUGACUCUGCGAGAUUGAGUAUAUGAAUUUCCCACGGUCUAAUUAUCACCGCUCUGCAGUUUAGCUUCUUGAUUUUAAUUCUCCCCACUUCAGCUCCUGCUCUAAAGUAUG